AUGCACAAGUUCGGAAUCUUCUUCUUUUGGGCACUAGCUGACUGUAUCCUGCGGCAAGGAUCAUUCGCGAAGGAUCAGUCGGGGUACAUUUGCCUGAUUGAGAAUCCAAAACAAAAUCAGUGCGACAGCAUUUGUCUUACUGAACUGAGCCCACGGCUUAGCGAAGUCGUCAAGGCCCAGAACCAAGGGAACACGAAGCUGGAGACAUUGGAGGUGAAAAUAGCAGAGGUGCAGUCUAAACUUGAAGGAAAGCUACAAGGAGUAGAAGCUAAGCUGGAAAGACAACUUCAGGUGCAAACCAAACUGGAGGGCCAACAAACCAAGAUGGAGGCUAUACUAGAAGACAGUCUGCUUGCGGUAAAGACCAAGCUGGAAGGACAAUUACAAGGAGUGGAAAAUAAGCUGGAAGGACAUCUUCUGGAGAUGCAAACCAAGGUGGAGGCUAAACUGGAAACAAGCCUGCAUGAGGUAAAAACCAAGCUGGAAGGACACCUACAAGGAGUGGAAGCUAAGCUGGAAGGACAACUUCAGGAGGUGCGAACCAAACUGGAGGCUAAACUGGAUAAAAGUGUCCAAGCGGUACAAAAAAUUAUUGAAAACCAACUUCAGCUUGUUGUAAAUCAACUGCAGGCAGUGCCAAACAAGAUAGAUGCAGCCAAGGUGGAAACUCAAGUACAUCCCAUAUCGAAUAAGACGGCAGUCUCCCAACAAGCAGCCAAGGCAGCAGUCCCUGCUUCAGCCACGACUACGAUGCCAUCUGGAUUCGAGCUAAUCGGCCACGGGGAGGGGUCAGAAGAGGAGCAGCAGGAAGAAGAGGAGCAGCAGCAGGCAGAGGAAGUGGCUCCAGUUGUCUGGAGAGCAAUUGCUUAG